GGCAACAAGGAACGCGACGAGCAGCCGCCAUGUUCAAGAACACAUUCCAAUCCGGCUUUCUCUCUAUUCUCUAUAGCCUAGGCAGCAAGCCUCUCCAAAUAUGGGACAAAGAAGUACGAAACGGACACAUCAAACGAAUCACCGACAACGACAUCCAGUCGCUCGUACUCGAAAUAAUGGGCACGAACGUCAGCACGACGUUCAUCACUUGUCCGGCGAGUACGACCAAGAAACAUAGUCUUCAGCUGCCGAGCGAAGACGAGGAGGAGCACGUCGAUCGGCCGGUGAGAAGCGACAGGAAACCAACACUUGGCAUCAAGCUGCCCUUCCUGGUGAUGGUCAUAAAAAAUUUGAAAAAAUAUUUCACGUUUGAAGUGCAGGUUCUCGAUGAUAAGAACGUUCGACGUCGAUUUAGAGCCUCGAAUUAUCAGUCGACGACGAGAGUCAAGCCAUUUGUGUGCACAAUGCCGAUGAGAUUGGAUGAAGGAUGGAACCAAAUUCAGUUCAAUUUGUCUGACUUCACAAGACGUGCUUACGGCACCAACUACAUUGAGACGACACGAGUGCAGAUUCAUGCCAACUGUCGUAUCCGGAGAGUUUAUUUCUCUGACCGUCUCUACUCUGAAGAUGAAUUACCACCCGAAUUUAAGCUUUUCCUUCCUGUGUCUAAGCCUGCGAAGAAGUGAUGGACAUGAAAUAUCAUUUACAUUGCAGUUAUUUCAUAAGAGUUUGACUUGCAAUCAAUUGCAUGCACUUUACUGGAUGCAUUUGCAUGCAAAUACUGAUGGUUUGCUAUCUAGGUGCAUUCAUCUGCAUCUCAAUAAUGUACACAACAGCGAUGAUGCAUUGUUUUCUUGU